AUGAAGAAGGUCCGAAAGAAGGUAUCAGAAGGAAAAACGGAUUCGGGGAUCACACUUGGAGGAACGAAGAUGACACCAGAGCAAAGCAAACACUCUGGAAAGAAAAGCGUUGAAUCGGGAAGCAAAUCAGGCUCAGGCAAAGGGCAUGAAAAAGGGAAACCGCUAAUGCUACAGCAGCUCACAGACACCAACAUUUUUCCGCUAACAAUGGCCGAGUUGGAACGACAGCAGGUGAAGGAAUUUAACAUGCACAUAGACAAGCUAGCGAUGAAGAAAUCAAAAUCGGGAAGUGUUCCAUCGUCACUGAUGUCAACGAUGAUUUGA